CUCGUUACAUUGCUGCAUCCUUGACGCUAGUUUGCGAUCAGAACGGCCUCGGAGGUUUGCUGGACAAUGCGGUUGCAAAAUGGACCCAAGAAAAUGACAAGGCAACUCUAGUGGAACCUAUAUUCGAGCGGAUUCAUGAGGCAGCAGCUUCGUCUGGUGAGGAAUGUUCUGAUUGUUGCCCUCUGGCGAGGAAUGUUCUCACCGAAUAUGACCCUCAUCUAUGUCGUGCGCUACUUUUUGCAUGGUACUUGCGCCUCAAAUUCUUCUUCUGCCGGACGGACGCUGAUGCUGCUGGAUUGCCACCGCCGAAUUGCGCUUUUAGUACAAGGAAAGGCAAAGAACUCACAACUCCUACAAAUAAAAUAAACGAAGAAGAAGAACUACAAGAACAUGGAGAACAACAAUUAGAGCCGCA